UGAUCCUGGUUCACAGUUAAUCGGAGCAGAAAAAGAGCUUAAGGAAGCUUGGGAGAAGAUCGAUCGAAGCGAGUUACACAAGAGUGGUCUACAAAAUGGUCUAACGUGGAAAUUUGGAUCAGCAGAUAGUCCUUGGCAUCAAGGAGCAGUGGAGUCUCUUGUGAAAGCAGCCAAGAGAGCGAUUGUCUUUGCGGUUGGUAAACGUCGUCUUACGCUGCCCGAGUUCCUGACGGUGUGCCCUGAAGCUGCGAAUCUACUCAACGAAAGGCCAAUUGGAACAUUGCCUUCCCUCGAUUCUGAUCUAAACGUGUUUACUCCGAAUAGUCUCCUAUUAGGACGCUCGACAGCCAAGAAUCCUGGAGGAUGGCAACCUUUCACGUACAGCCAGAGUCCGAAGACGAGAUACAGGCUGGUGCAAACAGCCGUAGAAGAUUUCUGGGAAAAGUGGAUACAACUAUACGCCCCCUCUCUAGUUGUCCGUCGCAAAUGGCAUGUCAACACAAGAAAUUUACGUCCCGGUGACGUCGUUAUGAUCGCGGACAAGAAUGUGAUGCGGGGAGAAUACCGUCUCGGAGUUGUUAAAGAAGUCUUUCCUGAUCAGGAUAGAAAAGUCCGUCGAGUUCUGGUAACGUACAAGAACUUUCGUGUUGGAAACCGUCAGCAAGAUUAUGGAAUCAGUGAAGCUGUUACUGUUUCUCGAAGCGUUCAGCGUUUGGCACUACUCGUACCCGUGGAAACAGAAGACGGAGACAAGGAAGAUGUUUGAAAAACGGAAACAUAGAACUAGGAUUAUUACGGACACGUAUAUUUUACAUUCUGUUGUUUUGUUAAAAGCGGUAUCGUAUCGACCCCAUCCUCCCGGUGUGUUGGUAUGAUUUCAGACGUUAUUAGAACUUUCGAUACGAUUACAGACUUACAUAAAGUACUGACUGAGAUAAGAGGCGAGCCCGCGGUAAAUAGGACGACAACGUGUAAACAACGUUUUGGUUUUUGGUUUUAAUACACCACAGUGUUUUACCGCUCAAAAGGCUCAAUAAUUCGACGAUAUUUGUAAAGAAAUAAAAGUUUAUACAUUGUUUAAGUACAUUAUCGUUUUCUUUGAGUAAUUAUGUUUGCAUGCGCGUUGAAAUACGUGGGUAUAUAGCGUUACCAAUAAAGUGGGCAAUCACGCGAUCUUGGUUAGCUGAUCUUUAUGCUUUCCAAGCCAUAUCAUAUAUCCUAUUUAAGUUGAAACAUAUUUGGAACACUUAUCAAACAUUUAUUUUGUUAACGUAGAGUUUCCAGUGCUCCCUGUAACAAUGCGUGACUGCCAACUCUCUUCAACUCUCAUCCGCGUUUGACCGAGGCAUUCAAAGACGUUAUAUAAAUAUCCAGAUUUUUGUGGCGUCUCACUCGAUUUGUCGAGUGGAAAUUUAUAUACCUUUAUUAGACCUAACCAGGAACAGAAAAAUGCCACUUUAGGUCCCUGGCAGGAAUCGAACCUGCGGCCCUGCGAUUCCGGUGCAGUGCUCUAACCAACUGAGCUACAGAGUCCAGUUGUCGAGCUCUAACCACAAGUUCAUGUAUAUAUACUAGGGUACUGCCAUGUAUAAGUUAUGGCUAAAUAUCAAGAUUUUUGUGGCAUCUCAUUCGAAUGAAUAAUACUUGAUGGUAUUGUAGAUGGGAAUUGUCGAGUGGUUCUGUGAAGAAACUGAAGUGGCUGGUUUCUGCGAAAUUUAUAUUAUGUCGUCAUAUUAAAUAUAUUAGGUUUUCUUAAAUUUGUAUUGAUCUAUAGUUUGUAGCCUUUAAUUAAAAGUGUGUUUUAUAAAGAGAAAACCGUCGACCAUUUUAAAUUUCAGUGGUACAUUUAUAUAAUAUUGUACAAUAGCCUGGCAAGAAUGAUAUGUUCAUUGGCUAAAUUUGGUCAAUUUAUUUAGGACUCUACAUUUCUCAAUCGUGUGGAAAGACUUUGUGACACUGUGGUGAGGUUGGAGUCAUUUGCUGGUUCAGACAAAGAGACCAACCCAAUAUAUAAAGAUUAUCACGGUAGGUUCACCACUUCUCUUUAAAGAAGAAAAUUCACCACUUUUCUUUGUGAAGGAAAUUCAAAAUGACUACAAAUACACAGGUGAUUAUUGAAACUUGUGGCCACUGAUUGAUCGAGCUACCUCCUAAUGCGUAAUGGCUGCCCUACAGACGAAAAAUAACAAGUUGUAAAGCAAAUUUAAUUUUAAAAACGUACAAAAGAUGCAACAAAGUAGUAUCUGCGUUGCAGAAUUGAAGUGAACUUUGUUUUGUUUGAAAAUAAUAAAGCAGGGGUGGAAAAAGUAUCGGAGUUGAGAGUUUUGCAGAAAAUUUUCCAGAAAAUAUUUCAACAUUUUGAGAUAACUCUGUUUGCUCAACUUACAAGCUAUUUCUAUUCUACUUUAUUUACACUGUAUACACGCUAACAUCAGCAGCCUUUUAAAUAUUUGACAUAAAUUAAUUAUUUUACCCAUCCCUGCCAUCACAAUGAGGUAAAAUUGAAAUAUAUGCUCUGCAAAGUAUCCAAUAAAAUGGAAAUUAAAUAGUAAACAAAAAAAGUGAUGGAAUAAAUGAGAUGACAGGACACUUAGUUAAGCGUUAGAUCCUUACUAUAGUUGGUCAUAACUCAUAACUGUGGUAUAUAACAGACAACUAUUGCGAUGUACGAGCAUACGAAAACCAGCCUAUUGCCUAUAUUAUUACUAAAGUGCAAAUAAUACAAUAAUUAUGCAUUUGUUUUGUUAUUUUUGUAAUUGUAACAUUGCAAAUUUUACAGAAAAUUUCUAGCCUUCGACCCAGGUUCCCAGAAAGAAAAAAAUUUUUCCACCCCUGUAAUAAAGUGCGGAAAAUGCCAUUUAACAGUUAAAUCAAAAUUUUUUUAAAAUUAUUUUUUACUUUUUCCGAAUUCUCACCUGUGUAUUGUUGACAAUUAUUCGCUUCAGACUCGGUGAAUAUCGGCGAAUAUUACCCACAUUUCGUCUCUUGAUCUUUCUGUAGGCUUGUUUCAUAUUUUUCGUCUUCCAAGACUUAAUUCUCUGACAUGUUACAUGCCAGAAACACUGGAUCUAGCAUUCAAACUUCGCCGAAGAAAAUUUCUCAUCGAG